AUCGGAAGCCCAAGCACAAAAUAAUCACACUCCAAUCUCCCCUUACCCUGCGCCCGCUCCUCCCUUAUCCUGCGCACAUCCGCCGCGGCACCAUCGGAAACCUCCAACUCCGGCGAGAUCUCUCCACCACCAUGGGAAAAGGCGGGGCGCUCAGCGAGGGGGUUAUCAAGAAGAUCGUCCUCUCCUACACCUACGUCGCGAUCUGGAUCUUCCUCAGCUUCACCGUCAUUGUCUACAACAAGUACAUCCUCGACAAGAAGAUGUACAAUUGGCCAUUCCCGAUCACUCUCACCAUGAUCCAUAUGGCGUUCUGCUCCACCCUCGCCGUCCUCCUCAUCAAGGUCUUCAAGGUCGUUGAGCCCGUUUCGAUGUCGCGCGACACCUACCUCAGAUCCAUCGUCCCCAUCGGCGCCUUGUACUCUAUCUCCCUCUGGCUCUCCAACUCCGCCUACAUCUACCUCUCCGUCUCCUUCAUCCAGAUGCUCAAAGCCCUCAUGCCCGUCGCCGUUUACUCCAUCGGCGUCUUGUUCAAGAAGGAAACAUUCAAAUCCGACACCAUGACGAACAUGCUCUCGAUCUCGUUCGGCGUUGCGAUUGCUGCGUACGGUGAGGCUAGAUUCGACGUCUGGGGCGUGAUUCUUCAGCUGGGUGCCGUGGCAUUCGAGGCCACGAGGUUGGUUCUCAUCCAGAUCUUGCUUACCUCCAAAGGCAUUAACCUUAAUCCGAUUACUUCUCUCUACUACGUUGCUCCCUGCUGUUUGGUUUUCCUGUUCGUGCCUUGGAUCUUCGUCGAAUACCCAGUUCUUAGGGACACUUCGAGCUUCCAUUUCGAUUUCCUCAUCUUCGGUACCAAUUCCCUCUGCGCAUUCGCUUUGAAUCUCGCCGUGUUCCUUCUCGUGGGGAAAACCUCGGCCCUCACCAUGAAUGUCGCCGGUGUGGUCAAGGAUUGGCUCUUGAUCGCGUUCUCAUGGUCCGUGAUCAAGGACACGGUCACUCCCAUCAAUCUGUUCGGUUACGGGCUCGCCUUCUUGGGGGUUGGAUACUACAACCACUCAAAGUUGCAGGCUUUGAAGGCUAAGGAAGCACAGAAGAAGACUCAGCCCACUGAUGAAGAGGCUGGAAAGCUCUUGGAAGAGAGGGAAGGAGAAGGUGCUGCGAAACGAAACGAAUCCCGGGACUGAUCUGGUCACAUCUGAUUCUUGAUCAGAGAAGAGUUCACAAAGCUGAGAAAAUUGCGAAUUCGGGUAAUAAGAGCUAAAGGGUUAGGAUGGUUUUGGAAGAGUUAUUGUUUUGGAGGGAAUUCAGCGAGUUUCGGCCUUCGUUUAGGUAUAUCGUCGUUCGUCGCUACGUUACCAAGUUAUGGCUAAAUUGUCUUUGCUUUAGUGAUGGUCCAAUGGUUUUGAGUUUCGGGUUUCUUACAUUAUUGUUUUAGAGGAGUGGGGAUCUUUCCUUGAGAGUCAGUCUAUUGUUGUUGUUUCUCUUUUCUGUUUCCUUGUUCUAUUCUCAGUUUCAUGUCUGGUUACAGUUGUUGUAGUAAAUUACAUAUGUUCCCCAUCGAAUCACUCUCUCAAAAUUCAAGUUAUCAAAAGAUUGACCACUUAGUAAUA